AUGCAUCAUGUGCGGGCGGGAGAGACAGAUGAAGACCGCGACGAACGUGGGGAGGACCGUGGACGCCCUCCUCUACUCCAUCGGGUCCUCCCUCUCGUCCCCGGGAAUUCGGUGCAUAAUCGCUUGCGAAAACGGAUCGUUCAGGGAAGGAAAAGAAAUCUUAAAGAACUUCUCCCUGAAGUGAAAUUGGGCGAAGAACAGGGUCUGAGACGCAAGGCCGACAAUCUCUCAGCUUGCGGUCGCAUCGGUGCGCCUCCAAGUCGAAGUUCGGGAAUACCGAGGGGCCUGAGAAGGGAACGAUCCAACGGGAGAAUGGAAGUGGAAUAUCCAGGGAAAUACCCCUGGAUGGUGGUGCUGAGUCUGGUUCAAGAUCUUCCAACCCAGUGUGUGGGGACGCUCAUCACAGACCGACAUGUCCUCACCUCUGCUCACUGCUUCCAAUCAUCCACCGAAUCUCUUGUGGUGGUGACGUUGGGCGAACACGACAUGAAGACGACCUCGGAGGCGACGACCACGACGCAGACGGUCCCCUGGGAGAACGUCAUCCGCCAUCCCCAUUUCGACGCGUCGACGCCGGAGAACGACAUCGCCCUGGUGAGACUGGACACCCCGGUGAACUGGGAGGAAUUCCCAAACGUCCGCCCCGUGUGCCUGGCGAACACCUCCCCGGAUCCUUCGGCUAAGGCGGUGGUUGCAUGGUGGGAAUGGCGCGACGUGCUGUUGGAAGCGGAAUUGGAAGUACUACCGGACUCAACGUGCAGCAAGAAAUGGCCAGAUCCCUUCAUCGCCACCACAUUCUGCGCCCUCGGAAUCGAUCGCACCUGUCACGGUGUUUUCGAGGAACCGGUGAUGAUCCAAAACGAAGCGGGGAUCUUCGAGCAGUUUGGAAUCCCAAUGAAACGCACGUGUCGCGAACACGAGCCCGGGUUUUACAUCAAAGUAGCCGGUUUCCUCCGUGACUUCAUCCAGCCGAACACGCAGGAUGCAAUCUGGUGUCCUCCCGAGUAGAACACUGGCGAUGACGAUCGAACGAGGAUCAACGAUUGAUAGGAUUUCGUACCGGGAGAUUGCCUGAUUCUCUUACUGUUCACUUUUUGGCUCGUCAACCGAAGAAAAAUGUGUCGGGC